CUUCGUCUUCUCAAAGUGAUUCACUUUCUCUCUCUUCUGUGUAAAAUUCCUUAUCGUUGACGGGUGGGUGACAUUAGCGGACGGAUAGUCGUCGGAGUUCAGUGAGAAAGACUCUUAAAGCUGCAGUUUUGAUUGGAGGGGGUAAUACCCAACUCCGACAAGUUGUAAUCACGGCUAUAUACGGAGUUUCCCGGUCCUUAUUUCAUGUUCAAUCUGUCCGACGCAAUGGUUGUGUGAUUGAGACCAACCCUUCGCCGCACGGAGGACGUGGUGCUUUACCUUCAGAAGGCGGAAGCCCUUCUGACCUCCUCUUCCUCGCCGGCGGUGGUUCAUUCCUCACCGUUUCCUUCUCCGUUUAUUAGAUUAGGCCCUGUCUGUCUGCGUCUUAUUAAGUUAAUCUAAGCUAAUAUAAUUUCUCUGUUUCGAGGUCUACGUCGCUUUGUUUUACUUUUCUCUCGCUCGAUCUAUUUCUUUGAGCUUGUGUUUGUGUGUCUUUUGUUGAUCUGUAUUCAAGAUGUCGCUAAAAAUUAAGAGGGUUCCUACUAUUGUUUCGAAUUAUCAAAAGGAAGAGGGGGAAGAAGGUGCUCGUCAGGCUGGUGGUUGUGGUAGGAAUUGCCUUCAGAAAUGUUGCCUUUCAGGGUCGAAGCUGCCUCUGUAUGCCUUCAAGAAGAUUCUUAAGUGUGAUAAUCUUCUUCCAAAGGAUGUGAUUGAUCACGAUGACAAAGAACCAACUAUUCCCUUUUUGGAUUCCCUUCUCCUUGGAGAGUGGGAAGAUCGAAUGCAAAAGGGGUUGUUUCGCUAUGACGUUACAGCUUGUGAAUCUAAGGUAAUUCCUGGAGAACAUGGCUUCAUUGCCCAGCUGAAUGAAGGUCGCCAUCUUAAGAAGAGGCCUACUGAGUUUCGUGUAGACAAGGUCCUUCAACCCUACGAUGGAAGCAAAUUCAACUUCACUAAAGUUGGACAGGAAGAGGUGCUGUUCCAGUUUGAAGCUAGUGAAGAAGAUGAGAUUCAGUUCUUCCCCAAUGCUCCUAUUGACAUUGAAAAUGCUCCUAGUGUUGUGGCCAUUAAUGUUAGCCCUAUCGAAUAUGGGCAUGUCUUGUUGAUUCCCCGGGUCUUUGAAUGUUUGCCUCAGAGGAUUGACAGGGAAAGCUUUUUGCUCGCCCUUUACAUGGCAGCUGAAGCUGGAAACCCUUACUUUCGUUUGGGAUACAACAGCUUGGGUGCAUUUGCUACCAUCAAUCAUCUUCACUUUCAGGCCUACUACUUGGCUGUGCCAUUUCCAAUGGAGAAAGCUUCUACUAAGAAGAUAACAAUGGUAAAUGGUAAUGUGGGUAUCUCUCAGCUGCUAAACUACCCGGUUAGAGGUCUUGUCUUUGAAGGAGGGGAUACCCUCAAUGACUUAUCGGAUGCUGUCUCAGAUUCCUGCAUCUGUCUUCAGAACAACAACAUACCUCACAAUGUUCUUAUAGCUGACUCUGGCAGGCGCGUUUUUCUCUUGCCUCAGUGUUAUGCAGAGAAGCAGGCACUGGGAGAAGUAAGCGAGGAACUACUCGAUACUCAAGUAAACCCUGCUGUAUGGGAAAUAAGUGGACAUAUGGUGUUAAAGAGGAAAAAAGACUACGACGAGGCCUCAGAGGAGAAUGCAUGGAGGCUCUUAGCUGAGGUUUCACUUUCUGAGGAGAGGUUCGAAGAAGUAAAAGCUCUUAUAUUUGAAACCAUCUCUUGUGUUGAGAAUGGAAACUCUGGUCCAGAAGAAGAGCCUCUAGAUGGGAAAUCUGAAUCGGUUGAGAAUGUCGAUGGACAUAACAAGACCACCAACCGCCAAGAAUGUCUUGUUAUCCAGUGAGUAAUGUUGUUGCCUAUUUUAAGUGUGUGUUUCUAAUAUGAUGCCUAAUUAUGAACCCUAUCAUUGUGUUUGAGAAUAAGGCGAACUUUGCUUGGUUUGCUUCUGUUGAAUCCUGCAGUUUCUCAUAUCUGCGGAUUUGAUAGUUUAUUGUUUCAAUUUAAGAGCCGCAGGCCUCGUGUAGUGUUUUAAGUACUAUGUGUUUGCAGACAUUAAUGUAAAUCCUGCUGUUUAUUGUCUUAUU